AUGCUCGGUUCUCGUUUUCAAUACACAGAGCAUCAAACGCCUAUGCCAGCCUUGCUCGCUAUUCGUACACGUGCGAUUCAAUUGCUCGAAUGGGUGGCAUACCCGCCCGAUGACGAUACCAGUGUCGACACCAUGCUUCGUGCAUCUUUUGCUUUUUCCAAUGAGACGUCACGAGCACAGUCUGAUGCGCUAUGGAUCCUGGGCGAACACUAUUUUUGGGGCACACAUGGCGCCGCGCCCAACAUGACAAAAGCGUAUCAAGCGUAUGAGCGACUUGCAAGGACAGGAAAUGCCACGGCACAUUCGCGUCUAGGGUACAUGCACUCGAGUCCGUUCCUUGCCAAGGUGCAUGGCUUUGAGGGCUCACCGACGGAGGCGAUUCUUCAUUACACAAUUGCUUCGCAAAAGGGUGACUGGCACGCAUCCAAUGCCAUGGCUUACAGACUGCGAUAUGCCAUUGAUGUGCCUGAAAACUGCACGCAAAGUCUGGAACUAUAUGAACAGCUUGCACAACAAACGUACAAAAUGUUUCUCGAUGUGCCGCCAUUCGGGAGACGGUUGCCAUAUUCUAAGGUCCGACUGACUGAUCGGCGUUGGUUUUUGACGACUUGGCGUCACUUUGUGUCAGAGCGAUAUGAAAAAUCCCUGAGUAAACAUUCGAUCGCGCAUCCGCUUGGUGAACAUGUUAAUGAAAUAGUGCGGUCACUAGUGGAUCGAGAUCUUCUUCAAGACCUAAUUAGGUUUUGGGCUAUUGAUGACGGAGAAAAUCCACUAAGCCAAUAUGAACUGGCACGCAUGCAUUACUAUGGAAGCACAGUCGUUGAAAGUGAGGCGCAAGGUGCAGUGAUUCCAUCUGCAGACCUGGCCUUUGACCGCGCGUUACAUCUGGCCAAGAAACGCUGGCCACAAGGAAUACACUUACGUCAUGUGGAUGAAGAAGUCAGCGAUUUCGAUCUGGCACCCAACAAUGACAACUCGAAGCAACUUGCAUUUGCUGCAAGGUCAGCCGCUCAAAUGCUAGGCGAAAUGUAUUUACGUGGUGAACAUCAUCGACAAGACUUUAUCAAGGCGAAAGUAUGGCUAGCACGUGCACAUGCAGAUGGGGACUUACUGAGUUCCACGUAUCUUGGGAUGAUGUACAUGUAUGGAUAUGGGGGUAUGGCACCGAAUACUACUCGAGGAAUGGAACUAUUUGAGAAAAACUCACAUACUUCAGACUUAGCAGCAUUGGAAAUGGGCAAGCACGAACUUCGUACGUACAAACAUCUCGAGAGUCUGACUCAGGUAACAACAACACGGAAAGUGCCCACAGUCUGUUUAAGGGCGCACGCUACAAAAGUUCUAGUUUGA